AUGGGUGUUCGUUCUCAUCGGCAGACACAACGGUUUGAAGAAAUCUGGCGUUAUCGCGUUGAUCCACUGACAGAUAUGGUGAUCCCCGCAAUGGGAUCGAUUUGUAUUUACAAUCAGGAGGAGGGGAUUCCGUUGGACUCGAAGGAGCGCAAAAUCUCUGAGGUGUCUCAGACGACUAAACGACGAAGACGUCUAGCGGCGUUUGGAAAAAAUAAACCCUGGAAAACAAUCGAUUUACCAGAUGACCGUCACUCUUCCACAUUUCAGUUUACACGGCCUAUUGUGGAAAGAAAGUUGGACGGCGUUGCCGAUCACGUUCAGUCAUUUAACUGGUUGGGAAUAGAUUUUGUGGAAACUGCACAAUUGUCGAAUAUCAAUACAGAUGUGCAUGAAGGCAGUGUUGCGGAAAAGCAACAAACCAUUAACAAAACAUCAGACUGCAAAGAUAUAUUCAAAAAUGGUGCCCAAUCAAACAUCGGUGGUACCGAGGUUGCAAGCAAGUUCUUCUGUCAACCAGUACGUUCCCGGCCGGAAAGUAUCUCAGACAGCCCUGCGCAUCAAUCGGUGGAAUCUAACACCAGUCCAAAUGGUGGUUGGCAGCAAUGCAAACAUACUCAACCUUUGAUAAGAUGCAGUCCAUCCCCUGGUGGGUCAAACAUUCCCCCUCAUAGACGUCAGACAACCAGUUUAAAACUGACGCGCAGCCCGUGGAAAGAUGAGGACCUGUUUCGGGUCGAUAGUGGGGCGAAACCAACCGAGAUAAGCAAGUCACCUAGGCACUCGCUCACCAGACAUUUUGCUCAACCCCCACCUAUCCGACGCCGCAGGACGUUGCGCAAUCUCGAGACUGCCAAAUAUCGUGUUCUAGCGGCCGAAUUAGCCCAUCGGAUGGUAAUCGAGCGUGGUGGGACAAACGCAAAUGGGCAUGCAAAUCUGUUCGGAGAAAAGCCUUUGGAAUUUCAACCGGACAGCUUGUUGGGCUUAAAAUUCAGCGAGCUGGCACACAAUACUGUGCAUUCAUUAUCAGCUGUACAGACAAUGGGACGGGCGAAAAGCACCACACGGUACAGCAACGUACGGAAAUCUGAAUUUCGCGUUGCCCAAGCCAUGACAGAGACCGCAGCAAUAACAAUCGCACCGGUCGAGACGCAAGUGGCCAUCGCAUUACAGCCGGCCCUGAGUGUUUCUCCUCAGGAUGAAGAAACUGGGCAUAGUGAAGCGGAGUCAAGAAGUCCGAAAAGAACGCGACCACGUGCAUCUCUGUUCAUUAUACCCGGUAAAACAAGCUGUUUUCUCAAUCCGAAACACGACAAAAAGCACACCUCUCACUCCACGCAGCACAGUCCAGAAAUGCAACUUCGACAUCCAGUACACUACUUGAAACGUGACUCUUAUCAAUCCAUAGCACGGAGAGACAGUGAGUUACCUUCUCUCUCUGACAAAUCCGAUGCAGCAGGACCCGCAUCAAACGAUAUGCAAACGAUGGAAGAGAAACCCACCGAGAAUUCGAACACAAAGCCCCAGUCUACCAAUAUUUCCCCAGCUAAACUUAAUUGCUAG